GCUCGAAAGCACAGCACAGAGGAGGCGCUCCGGUCAAGUUGUACUCCGGUCGGACGCGAGUUUUCUGCGCUUGAUAAAGAUCACGGAAACGAUGCAGAGCUGGAUCAUAUAGCUGCUGCUUUGGAAGUAUUUGUGCUGCAAACAGAGAGCCCAAAGCUGCAAGACAUGAAAUCUUUGUCGAGUGGACGAUUAUAGUUUAUUAAAUAAAGUUACUGCUGUUGGCAGAGAAGAGGCAGUUUUUUUUGUUUGUUUUUUUGCUUUUUCAAUUGGACCAUUGUCCUGAGGCAGCUGCUCUUUCAAUGUGGGAUACAGUUUUGGUGCUGUCGCCAGGCUGAAAUCCUCCAGGGUCAGGACCUCUCUCAUGGCAGCCUUACUCCUUGGGCUGCUGCUUUUUGCAAUGCAGUCUCCCCCCAUCCCCUCCAGGCCUGUGGCUGACGAGGGGCCACCUUCUCCUCCCACCUCAUCGCCCACCGACAACGGGACCACCAGCCACCCAAACGGGACCCUCCAACAGCUUCCUCAGAUUAUAAUUAUUGGCGUGAGGAAGGGGGGGACGCGGGCGCUGAUUGAGAUGCUCAGUCUGCACAGUGCGGUCGCUGCAGCUCAGAACGAGGUGCACUUCUUUGACUGGGAGAGUCACUUUCAGAAGGGCUUGCCUUGGUAUCUCAGCCAGAUGCCAUACGCCUUCCCAGACCAGCUGACGGUAGAGAAGACGCCGGCCUACUUCACCUCCAGCAAAGUCCCCAAACGUAUCCAUCAGAUUAACCCUGACAUUAAGCUGCUGCUCAUCCUCAGAGACCCCACAGAGCGGGUGCUGUCGGACUACACCCAGGUCUUUUACAACCGUCUCCAGAAGCACAAACGCUACCAGCCCAUCGAGUCAGUUCUGGUGAAGGACGGUGAGAUCAACCUGAGAUACAAGGCUCUCAAUCGCAGCCUGUACUAUGUUCACAUGCAGAACUGGCUGCAAUACUUCCCACUGGAGAGCAUUCACGUUGUGGAUGGGGAUGAGUUGAUCAGGGACCCCUUACCUGAGAUGAAAAAGGUGGAAAGAUUCUUAAAGCUACUACCCCAGAUAAACGCUUCAAAUUUUUACUUCAAUAAAACUAAAGGAUUCUACUGUUUGCGAGACCACGGGCGAGAACGGUGUUUACACGAUUCGAAAGGCCGGGCUCACCCACAUGUGGCACCCGCCAUCCUGCAAAAACUCUACCAGUUCUUUCACGAACCCAACAAGAAGUUCUUUGAGCUGGUGGGCCGAACAUUCAACUGGAAAUGAACGUUUGAGUCACAGUAGUUUGGUGUAGAGUUGCUUGGGGAUAAUCUCCAUGAGCUGUCCUGUUUUCCUCAAUAACAAUGUAGAUGAUGAGAUAAAGCUAAUGUAAAUUCAAACUAAAUCUAUUUUUGUACUAGUACGUUUGUUACAGGAGUUUGAUGGAGCCAAAUAUCAGGGCAGACUGCAGUUCAUGACAUGCUCUGUUAGUGCAUGUCUUGUUUUUUUUCUUUUCAUUGUCAAACAUAUGCAUUUUGAUGUCUUCUCACCACUGUUUAGCUCGUCUGAUUAAGGCAGACUUAUUAUGACUGAUAAUGACAUUCAGACUUUAGACUGUGCCAGUUAAUGUGUUAUAUAAAGCUAAGGCAGUUUAAUAUUGUCAUACCUUCAUUCGCUUCAUAUAAAAUAACAUUAUUAACGUCUAACUGCAUUUAGAGCUCUGAAGGACCUUUUACCUGCUGCUAUGAUUUUCUCAGUCACUUUCAGGCACAAGCUGUACUGAAUAUGUAUUUGCUCUUUUUUGUUACUCGAAUAUUUCUUUAUGUAAGAGUCAGUUAUAUAUAUAUAUAUAUGUUUUGUGCACAUCUUAUAUAUAUUUGCCGAUUCAUUAAGGUGUACUGUAAGUAAUUUUUUUAAAAAGUGAAUAAUUAAUACCAUAAUAAAGAUGUAUUUUAUUUUUA